AUGUCAAGGCUACCCCCAGGCAGUCAACAACAAUACUCAGACUCGCAAAACUCUUCAGCACCUCGAGGCUAUGAUAAUGCAGACUAUGGAAAUAAUUAUGCCCCUCUCCAACCAGCACCAAGUCCUGCACCCACGGACGUUGACCAGCUAAACUUUAAUAAUCUAAGGAUUACUGAUGAUCCUUACUCUCAGCCUUCACGCUCAAUAGGAGUCCAACCUGGAGCAUUUCGCUCCUCGCCAUCUCUCUCUCACAGAUCACGCUCGCCCCAGCCAGAGCAUUAUUAUCACCCAGCCCACAGACAAGCAAGCCUCCCUCCCCAACCGCAUCACGUGGGACAAGUUGACGCACGGAUAGCCCAAGACCCUCGUUCUUUUCAAAGACGAAGUCCUUUGCCCCCACAAGCUCCUGAACAACUUGAUCCUUAUGCAGGUAGUGGUAAUUAUCCAGCUUACGUUGAUUAUCCUCCUCCAGAGUUUCCGCCUCCCGGUCACUUCUCGUCGCCACAACAGCCACCACAGCCACCACCACAUGGACAACCAGGAAGUUAUGGGUAUGAAUAUCAGCAAGGUUAUCAACCACCCAAUGGAUAUUACGCAGAAGAAGAUCCCUAUGUUCAAGCUUCUUCCGAGUAUGCAUAUUAUGAUCAAGGUAUGAGACCUCAAGACUAUCCAGCUGCAUAUGCCGGUCAAGCAUACGGUCCAACACCGUAUCGCCAAUACUCUAUUAGCAGUUCUUCAGGAAACGGAGGCCGACAUGGCAGGCCAUCACGCCCCGAUGAGGUUGCAGAAAGACCAAAUUAUUCUCCAGAUGCAAUUGAACGAUAUCGUGGUAAAGUUAAAGCCGCAGGAGAUCCGGCCAGUCUACUUAGUUUUGUCAAAUAUUUAAUUGAAGCAUCAGCCGAAGCAGGAGAAAACGAGGCCGAUCCAAAAGCAGCACAAAAAGCCAAGGAUGCGUUAAUACAAGAAGCAUUGAAAAUUCUCAAGCGUCUAGCAACACAAGGAAUGGGGUUUGGCAAACCUGCUUAUCCGGAAGCUCAGUUUUAUCUUGCUAAUUGCUAUGGUAAUGGAUCUUUGGGUCUUCCCAGGGAUGAUGACAAAGCAUUUAAUUUGUACAUGCAAGCGUCAAAACAGAAUCAUGCAGCCGCUACUUAUCGUACUGCUGUAUGUUAUGAAAUUGGUGCGGGGACGAAGAAAGAUGCACAUCGAGCAGUUCAGUUUUACCGCAAGGCCGCUGCACUAGGCGAUACUGCUGCUAUGUAUAAAUUGGGUAUGAUUCUUUUGAAAGGUCAUUUAUCCCAACACAAAAAUCCCCGAGAAGCUGUUACAUGGCUUAAGCGUGCUGCACAGAAUGCCGAUGCUUCUAAUCCGCAUGCACUUCAUGAAAUGGGACUGUUGCAUGAAAGGGAAGAUAUUCAAAGAGAGAUUCCGUCUGUUAUACAUGAUAAGGAAUUUGCUUUCGAACAAUUUAAGAAAGCGGCAGACCUAGGAUAUGAACCUUCUUGUUAUAAGCUUGGCUUGAUCUAUGAACAGGGUUUGCUUGGACAACCAGUGAAUCCGCAGAGAUCAAUAUACUAUUAUUCCAAGGCAGCCGAAAAGAACUAUCUUGAAGCAGCAUUGGCAUUGUCCGGAUGGUAUCUCACUGGCUCAGAGGGCGUGUUGCAACCAUCAGAUGAUGAAGCGUAUUUAUGGGCACGUAAAGCUGCUGAUAUGGGACUUGCCAAGGCUGAGUUUGCUAUAGGGUAUUAUUCUGAGAAUGGUAUUGGUACUAAGCAAGAUCCUGAGGAGGCAAGGCGUUGGUAUUUACGAGCAGCAGCUCAAGGAUAUAGAAAGGCACAGCAACGUCUUACAGAGAUGAAACAUCAAGGAACCGCAAGGCGGAUGAGGCCGGAACGACAUACGCGCGGCCAGGGCAACAAGGAUGAUUGUGUGAUCUCAUAA